UCUAAUAGAUCGGCACUUACGUUAGGUACCUACAUGUAUGUACCUAAUGCUUGUACCUUCAUGUUGGAAUCUCUUUGGGUAUACAUCAGGUGUACAUAAUGUUUGGUACCUACACGUAUAUAUUCCUUUUAUUCAUGUCUAUUCCUCAAGUAAUGCCAUAGUCCAAACCAUCAGGUGUUUAAUAACUUGAACAUAAAACUCUCAUCUAGUCUCACCCCAAAUUCACUUAAAGUAACCAUUCUCAUCUCAUCCCCUACCCCACUCGGGAUAAAGAGGCAAGUUAACAGCCAACAUGGCGCAACCUCAGCUCCUCGAGGGCCAGUCAGGCCUGCCCGUCGAUAAUCCGACGAAGUCGUAUUGGCACAAGGAGCCUUCGGACAAAUUGUUAGGCCACCGAACGACAAAGGAAUUGCCCCGCUCCGCCGAUGUGGUCAUUGUAGGGAGCGGCAUCACGGGGAGUUUCGCCGCUCAUUUCUUGAAAGAAAAGCAGCCUGAUCUGAAUGUUGUUAUGGUUGAGGCGCGAGAGGCUUGUUCGGGAGCUACUGGCAGGAACGGAGGCCACUGCCAGCCCGCAGUAUACGCCUCGGAACCGCACAUCGCCUCGUUCGAGCUACGCAACUUUCUGUAUCUCAAAAGCCUAGUUGAGGAGUUCUCGAUCCCGUGUGACUGGCGGUCGACAAGCGGCGUGCACGCCUUCUACUCGGGAAAGUUAUUCAAAACUUGCCGCGCAAUCGUCAAAGACCUCGCGGAACACUACCCGGACCUAGCCGCCAACGUAGCCGUUGUGACUAAAGGCAAAAAGGCCGAGGGUGACCUCUCAGGAAGUCCGGCUUACCUUAUCGAGGGCGAGCGGCGGGAACUUACGCUUGACGGCUUGAGGAUACCCCACGCCGAGGGCGCUAUAGUGCAAUGGAACGCCGCGAGUCUAUGGCCGUAUAAGCUCGUUGCGUUCGUGCUAGAGCGUUUGCUCGCAACCAACGCAGAAGCAUCUAAGGGGUCAUUCAACCUCCAAACCAACACUCCGGUCACAGGACUUUCCCGAGCCGAAACAUCAGCCAACCUCAGCAGUCCCGGCGGUACUAAACCCCCCAAGCACAACUCCAUAUGGACAGUCCACACCCCACGCGGCACAAUCGCUACUUCCCAAGUCCUCCUCGCAACCAACGGAUACACAUCCCAUCUCCUCCCACAAUUCAGCGAUUUACUAGUCCCGACCCGCGGCCAAAUCUCCGCCCUCAAACCCCCAGAAACCCCCACCGACCCGACAGACCCGCCCCUAGAUAUCGGACACACAUACUACAUCGUCGGCGAACCAGUCGACCCCUACGCCCGCGACGACUACCUAGUCCAGCGACCGCCCCCCACCGCGGAGCUCAUCUUCGGCGGCGGCCGCCAACAUGCCGCGGGGCGGGGUGUGGGGGUGUGGGACGACAGCAGUAUCGACGAGCCCGUGUCCUGGUAUCUGCGCGGCGAGCUAUCCCACGCCAUUGAUUUGUCUCUGCGCCAUGCCCCCCCAGGGGAACAUAAGUCUCCCCUCCGAAAACUCGACCUAGAGCCUACCUUCGAAUGGAGCGGCAUAAUGGGAUACACGCGGGACGGGCACCCGUGGGUCGGGCCCGUCCCUCCUAGCCUAGGCGGCGGACCGGGACUCUGGCUGUGCGCGGGGUACACGGGGCACGGGAUGCCGAACGCGGUGUUAUCGGCGCGUGCGGUUGUCGACAUGUUACUCGCUGGAGACGGCGAUGACACCGUGGAGAUCGAUCUCCCGCCUGAAUACGAGCUUACAGAGAGGCGUGUAGAUGACGCUCGGGGAGAGGAGGAACUCCGUGUCGCAGAUGCUAAGGGUAGUUUGUACAUGGACUUUGGGCCUCAGAGGGGAUAGAGGAAAUACUACCCUCUACGCGUGACGGUGUAGAUACGUUUGUGUACCUACAUAAUUGACAUGUACGUAACUGAUUAGGAUACAAAAAUAGUGAUCUUAGAAGAGCCAUUA